AGGCUGACAGCUCUGUCGCCAUUUCUCUGACAGCCGCCGUUUCCCCUUCGUCGAACUUGGUCCGCCACUUACCGCUCCGUUGAUGUCUCGACCAUCAUCUAUUGACUCCUCUAUAUUAAUCGAGAUUCACGAACCUUUGAGCUCGUAUUCUGCCGCAGCUCCAAUUCUGCGAAGUGUCACGUUCACGCCAUCCUCUAACGCGCUCUCGCUGACCAACGGUCGGACUCUCUUCCAUCAUGGCUCCAAUCAACACUCCCUCUAGCAUGGCGAUUAUUCAUUGCAGCGCAAGUCCGAAGAACAAGUUCGGGAGGGGCUUCAGAGAGUACGACGAGGAUAACGAGAGGAAUACCAUGGUGGAGAACGUCUACCACCUCAACCAUUCCCAGCAGACUCUCGGAUUUGUGCUCGCGAUGAAGGAAAGGCAUCUGAAGCUGGACAAGACCGAGAUGGGGGUGUGGGAGGCGGCAGAGCUGCUGAACGAGCUGGUGGACCACAGCGAUCCCGACCUGGAUAUGGCGCAGAUCGAGCACGCCUUGCAGGCAGCGGAGGCAAUUAGAAGGGACCACCCGAGCGAGGAAGAAGACUGGUACCCGCUUGUUGGGUUCCUUCAUGAUCUUGGAAAGGUUCUCCUCCACCCGAAGUUCGGCAGCGAACCCCAGUGGGCUGUCGUUGGCGACACAUUUCCUGUUGGCUGCCGGUUCAGCAACAAGAUCGUCCACUCAAAGUUCUUCAACAGUAAUCCAGAUUCCUCGGUGGAAGAUCUGAGCACAGCAUGCGGUAUUUAUGAGGAAGGCUGUGGCAUGGACAAGGUCCACAUGUCUUGGGGUCAUGAUGAGUACAUGUAUCAAGUCCUUAUUCAAAACGGGUGCAGCAUUCCACCUCAGGGCCUCUACAUGAUCCGCUACCACUCGUUCUACGCACUCCACAGAGACGAGGAGUACCAACACCUGAUGGACGUCUCUGAUUGGGAGAUGCUUCCAUGGCUCAAGGACUUCAACAAGUACGACCUGUACAGCAAGAGUGCUCAGCACUUCAGCGUGGAGGAGCUCAAGCCCUACUACCAAGGGCUCAUUGCCAAGUACAUCCCUAUGGCAACUCUCAAGUGGUGAAGCCAGUACCAGAGCAUCCCUAAGGCUACUAGCUGGCAACUCUAGUUUACGAGGUGGUUUCACUGGGCCAAGGCUCCCUCACUAGAGCAGAGGGAACUCCUAAGGUGUAUCAGGCAUAGACGUUGUAGGAGCAGGCUAGGUUCUGU